AUGACCCCGACGAAGCGUACUGAUUCAGCAACGAGGGUGGCGGUUCUUGCUCUACGCAGCCGCGCGGGCGGGAGGACCACCAGGGAAGUCGCGGAAUCCCUUUCGAUCCCUGUCCGCACCGUCGAUGAGAUCCUUCGCCGCGCCAAAGACAGGGGCUUCGACCCUACGAAUCCUUUGCUUACUAUUCUCCCCGAAUAUUACGAAGAUGCCCCUCGUAGCGGUCGGCCAAAGAAACGAACGGAGCCGACCGCUGAGGAUGUCGUUAGCAAGGUUUGCUGA